AUGAAUAAUAAACGGUCAAUUAAAUUUGACAACCAAGAUCACCAUUUGCAACAAAGUCAAUCACAAGGUCAGAACAAUAAUACUUCUGACUCGUCAGAUCUACCUCAGCAAGAUCCUCAAGAUAUACCCUUGACUGAUUUAAAUCCAUCGAGAAUGUCCGAAUCGGAAUUGUUGACUGAGGAUUAUGAGAACGAAUCAGGAGAUGAAUAUGUGAGGCUUUACCACCAAGAUCGAAAAACAAGAUUGCUCUACAAGGUGAAACAAUUUUUUCAAAGAUUGUGGAUUGGUCCGGCAGAACCUAGAGAUGAUUAUGCACCACGAAUGUUAAAGUUGGAGUUUCUUGAGGAGCUACCGGUGAGAUUCAACCAGAAUAUACCCCUAACCUACAGAAGAAUAUUGCUUACAGUGUAUCUCUUAUUCUGGUUUGGGUUGUGUUAUUCAAUUUUAAUACCAUAUUUGACAGUGCCUCCUUUUACGUCAGAUGAAUCUACUCCACACAUUCAUAGUUUGACUUGUCUGUCACUGCGUGAGUUUUGGAGUGGGAAAAACGCAGCAUGUGGAUUGAAUGGUGAAUUGUGUCCGGAAAUUGUUAAGCAUAGUGGUGAUAAUGAUGUGGUUAUACGGUGUCCAGCAUUAUGCGAUCGUGGAAGCUGGACAUACUCAUUGAUACCGAUUGGAGAUCAGAGGAUUAAGCAUAGGGGCUACUUCAUCGGUGGAGGUGACAAAGUUGCCACCAAAAUUGACGACUCCCAGCUCACAAACCCUUAUCGAGCAGAUUCAUAUCCUUGUGGAGCUGCUGUACAUGCCGGACUAGUAUCACCGUUCUGGGGUGGGUGCGCUCGUUUGUCAUACAGUAGCAAGAGCCAAUCUUACUUUGAGUCGACGAAGGGUCACUAUGGUGUUGAUGAUUCGAUAGGGUUUAAAUCAUUCUUCAAAUCGUCAUUCUACUUCAAGAUAUUAAGAUUGGAUAAAGAAACCUUCCACCAGUGUCAUGAUCCUCGAAUUGUGAUACUCAUUAUAAACGUCGUUCUUGGUCUCCCCAUUGUCUACCUCGCGAGUGGUGCAGCAGUAUACUGGAUAAUUAAUGUGGUAGGCUUUUGGACCAUUUGUUUAGCCACAGAUCCACCGAUAGUUGUGGAUGCUUCAGAUCCGCAAGAUUUUGCAAGCUUGAUUUCAAUAGGUUUGGAGAGGUUUUUACCUACAUGUUCCAUUUUGUAUAUUUUGUGGCAUUCCUCAACGAAGAGAACUCUAUCAGAGCCGUCAUCUCCCGAUGAAAAAAUAUCUUAUCUCAGUCGAGUUAUUUUAUGGUAUCCAUUGUUUUGGUUGGGAGUAUUGAAUAACGUCAGUUUUGAUAGGUUACCAGUGGAUCGUCUUACAAUUAGCGAUUUGAAAGAGCAAUCGGGUGCACUUUUAGCAGUAUCAUCGAUAAUCAUCACUAUAUCAAUCUGCGCAGUCAUUCAAGCUUAUAAAAUUUGGCUUUCUGGUCGAUUCCGGAAAUACUUGAUGGUGUAUUCCAUCUUUGUUUUUGGAUUAAUUCUAUUGGCCCAAUUGCCGGGUUUGAGUUUGAGAGUGCAUCACUAUAUCUUGGCCAUGCUAUUAAUUCCCGGUUGUGCAACACGAGGCAGGACAGCGCUCAUGUUUCAGGGAAUAUUGUUAGGCUUAUUCCUAUCUGGUGCGUCACGAUGGGGUUUGGCGGCAAUUGCGGAAACAAUUACUUCGCUCAAAAGAGAUGACCCUUUGGGUAAAAUUGCACCGCCAAUCUUCACAGCCUAUGAUUCAUCUUCGGGAACUUUACAAUGGCAACUUAUACCUAACGAUGUAGCAAACGUUGCAGCUUAUAACAAGUACUCGUCGGUUUCGUUGUUGAUUAAUGAUAUCGAAUACUUUGUUUUGGAUAACACUUCGUCGCUAGAUUUAAAGAGCUUGCUAAAGAAUGCAACUACGCCAAUUUACAAUUUAGUUGAAGAUGCCCUUCAUAAUGGGAUUAAGGACGACAAUGGUGAUAUACCAUUGUAUAUCCGAAUUGGGAGAAAGAUCCCCAAUACUAUGGUGUAUAGCGAUUUUUCGAAUGCUGCUGUUUUGAAGUGGCCCAGUGGGAAUCUCACCUUGCCAUUACCAGGAUUAACCUGA